AUGCCGACCGUGAAGGUGGAACCGAAGGUGUGGUUCUCGACAGAGAGAACCUUUAUUCAUUGGGCGAAGCUGUCGACAGUUUUUGCGGCAACCGCUGCUGUCAUGAUUGCCUCUUCUUCAUCCGCUGCAACAGAUCUCUGCGGCCUUGUGGUUGGAUUUGCCUCUUUAACGCUGCUCUUCCAUGCGUGCACCAAGCAAUGGAAGAGGAACCGCAUCUUCAAAUCUGGGGGCACGCAGCACGUCCGAGUUGAGGAGUUUGCGGACCGCUUUGGUGCCAUACUUCUGGCCUGCUCCUUGACCACUGUUGUCUUCGGGCUUGUUGCGAUCCCUGCCAUGGGCCUCUAG